AUGCCCAAAAAACUCUCCAAACAACCCACCUUCCCCGACACCACCCCGACCGCCGUGCCGCCCAUCCUCUCCGACGGCCAGCCGCUCCCCCGCGCCGUCGUCUUCGACCUCGACUACACCCUGUGGCCCUUCUGGGUCGACACGCACGUGUACCCGCCCCUGAAGCCGAACGCGGCGCACAGCGCCUGCACCGACAAGAUCGGCGAGUCCUUCGCCUUCUACGACGACGUGCCCUCCGUCCUGCACGGCCUCGCCCGCGCCGGCGUCCGCCUCGCCGUCGCCAGCCGCACUCACGCCCCCGACCUCGGCCGCGAGAUGCUCAAGCUCCUGCACAUACCUCCCGCGAGCGCCGACAAGGUGAGGAAGGCCAUCGAGUUCUUCGAUGCCGGGCUCGAGAUCUACCCCAGCAGCAAGAUACAGCAUUUCAAGGCGAUCAACAAGAGGACCGGCAUCCCGUUUACCGAUAUGCUGUUCUUCGACGACGAGAGCCGUAAUAGGGACACGGAGUCCCUGGGCGUGACUAUGUGGCUGGUUAGGGACGGUGUUACGUGGAACGAGGUCGUAGAGGGGAUUAAGGAGUGGAGGAGACGAAAAGGCGUUCAAUUGGCGUCCUGA